AUCAGUUGCCAGCUGAGCAAAAGUGGAGGGAGGAAGCAUCAAAUUGCGUUGUAGGUCUCAUGGGACACAAGAUGGAGCAGAAAACGUGGAGCCCACUUACUUUUUGGGGGAUUAAACGUGAAGUUGAUAGUAAAGUUCUUGUGGCCUCGCCUACACGGCGUAGCGGCGGAUUUGUUUACAUUGGUAUGUUUAGAAGAGAGGCCGUUACUGCUGUGUUACUACGUCUAUGAUGUCCAGUCUCAUCUGUUGAUACUUUCUUUGUAACUCCAUGGUAAAACAUCUGAGAGUUAUCAGUUUGAUUACCACAUCAUUUGGAUCCAGAGGUCACUUCUAAGAAAAUGUGGGCAGCUAAAAGUGCUUGUAGUGCUCAAAUACUGUUGCUUCGGAUGUUACAAAAAACUCAGCAGUUCAGGAUUGGCGUUUUAAACUGUUGCACCAUAAGAGCGCCACGCGACAGAGCUGAAUUCCGGGUUUCCAGCGUAAAUGAUAAAGGAACAGUAGUAGAUACAAGGAUGGCUACUAUUGCAGAGGAAACUAAAAUAGCUGCUGGAAAAAGUUCGAGGGCAUUAUGUGAUGGAAACCAGCAUUCAUUAGAAGCAAAAAUGAAACAUAUCAAUCUGUCAUUUGCAGCAUGUGGGUUUCUGGGUAUUUACCACUUGGGGGCAGCAGCUGCUUUUUGCAGGCAUGGUAAGAAGUUACUGAAAGUUGUGAAAGCUUUUGCGGGAGCUUCUGCGGGAUCGCUGGCUGCUACUGUCUUAUUAGCAGUACCAGAAAAUAUAGAGAAAUGUAAGCAGUUUGCCUAUGGAUUUGCAGAAGAAGUUAGAAAAUUGGACUUUGGUGCUGUAACGCCUGGCUAUGAUUUUAUGAAAACACUUAGGGAAGGCAUAGAAUCUAUUCUUCCUUCUAAUGCUCAUGAGAUAGCUGAGAACCGUCUCUAUGUGUCAGUCACUAACACCAAAAAUGGGGAAAAUCACUUGGUUUCAAGUUUUGCCUCCAGGGAGGACCUCAUUAAGGUCUUACUGGCAAGUAGUUUUAUACCAGUAUAUGCAGGGAUUAAGCCCGUGGAAUAUAAAGGAGAGAAGUGGGUUGAUGGUGGUCUCACCAAUGGCCUUCCUAUCUUGCCUGUUGGAAGAACUGUUACAGUUUCUCCUUUCUGCGGUCGAUUAGACAUCUGUCCACAAGAUAAAGGACGUGUGGACCUUUAUGUUAAAUUUUCAAAACAAGAUAUAAUGCUGUCUCUGGCCAACCUAGUAAGACUUAAUCAAGCUUUGUUCCCACCAAGCCAGGAGAAAAUGGAAUCAUUGUACCAAAAUGGAUUUGAUGAUACCGUACGUUUUUUACUGAAAGAAAACUGGUUUGAAUAGAUGGUACACAGAAAAUUAAUGAAACCUGAUGGGAUUCAGAGCACAGCUAUGGUCCUACAGAUUCUAAGGGAUUGCUGUCCCAAUUCCAGAUUAUGGAGAUAAAAAUCUCAGUGGAAUUGCAUCUGCUUCUGAUGAGAAAGUAUCAGUUGCACUUCAAAGGCACGUAUAAACAUGUCAAUGAGAAUUGUGCUGGCCUGGUAGUUGUCUGGUUUUGAGGAGGUUCAAGUUUAGAUCCAUUUUGCUUGUGCUGAGGACUCAAGUGUGGGAUUUGUAAAAAGCUUGUAUUGUCAUAAUUGUAGAAAUUUGGAGAAGUUUAUUAUUUCAGACAGAAGUCAAGGUUGUACCAGAAAAAAUUACAAUCUGUAUUGUUCCCUUACUGUAAUAGUUAUGCGUACUCAUUGGAUGCUUGCAGUGUUGCUGAUCUAUUUAAUACGUAUCUUGCACUGUUCUAAAGUACUUGAACACUUAGCACCACUCACAGGAAAUAAAACAUUUGCACUCUUUUACUCUGUUUUUAACAUUAAGAGUUCCUGCAUUUUUCAGUGAAUGUGGUCUUUAAAAAUUUGAAGUACUAGUUGACAUUUGUAACAGAACUGAUAUUUGAACAUAAAAAUAUCUUGUAAAAAAGGGUAUGAGAAAUUGUUAUAUUUAUGUUCUCUUCCUCUGCUAAAAUCAAAUAAAUAUAUUUUCUUGAAA